CAGGGGUGGGCCCUUCUGCAGGUCCUGCUGGUGGCAACCUUCUCCCAGGCUGAGGAGCCAGUGUGCAGACACAGAGGGGAUCCUGAAAGCCCUCAGCUGUUCAAGAGUGGAGACAUUAUGUUGGGGGGGAUCUUAUCUUUCCACAGCAGCUGGAGAGACAGACAAGAAACCUACAUGAACAAACCCAAGCCACUGCAAUGCACCAGUUUGAACUUUAGAGACUUCCAGUUUGCCCAGGCAAUGCUUUUUGCCAUUGAGGAGAUUAAUAACAGCACAGCUUUACUACCGGGAAUCUCUCUGGGAUACAAAAUCUAUGAUAUCUGUGGCUCCAUAGCCAGAAGUGUGGGAGUUGCACUCGCCCUGGCUAACAGUAAUGAUGUUUCUUCUGCACUCCCAAAAGAACCAUGCACCAAACCUGCUCAGGUUCAGGCCAUAAUCGGAGAGACUUCUUCCUCUCCUUGUAUGGCAAUAGCAACUGUUAUCGGACCCCUUCAGAUCCCACUGAUCAGCCACUUUGCCACAUGUGCUUGUCUCAGUGAUAAAACAAAAUACCCAUCCUUUCUCAGAACCAUACCCAGCGACUACUACCAGAGCAGAGCCCUGGCUCAGCUCGUCAAACACUUUGGAUGGACUUGGGUCGGAGCGAUUAGAUCAAACAAUGAUUAUGGCAACAAUGGCAUGGCUACUUUCACUGAAACGGCACAGCAGCUGGGAAUCUGUCUGGAAUAUUCUGUGUCCUUCUUCAGAACGGAUCCAGCUGAGAAAAUACAAACUAUCAUUGAUAUCAUCAAGGCUUCCACCUCCAAGGUGAUUGUGGCCUUUCUCUCCCUCAUGGACAUGGAUGUUUUAAUACAUGAGUUGUCGCAGCACAACCUGACUGGGCGCCAGUGGGUUGGAACUGAGGCCUGGAUAUUUGACUCUCAAACAGCAGCAAUGGAUAAGCAACGUAUCCUGGAUGGGGCUAUAGGUCUCUCCAUCCCCAAAGCGCAUGUUACUGGCUUCAAAGAGUUCAUGUUGGACGUGAGGCCUCUAAAUUUAUCUGGCAAUGAAAUAUUCACAAAGUUUUGGGAGAAGUCUUUUAACUGCAAAUUCAAGCAGUCAAAGUCAUCAGCAGGAGUUGACAGAGAGUGUACCGGACAUGAAGAUCUGACUGGAGUUGAAAACAGCUUCACUGAUAUGUCUCUGAUGCCAAUUAUCAACAAUGUCUAUAAAGGAGUGUAUGCUGUGGCUCAUGCACUUCAUAAAAUACUCGACUGUAAAGAAACAUGCAAUAAAAUCCUGAAACUAGAUCCAUUUAUGAUUUUGCAGCACAUCAGUAACAUUCGCUUCAAAACCAAGGAGGGGGAUGAGGUUUACUUUAAUGAAAACGGAGAUCCUCCAGCAAAGUAUGAAAUAGUAAAUUGGAAGAGAAGAGAAAAUGACAAUGUGGACUUUGUCACAGUGGGACUUUAUGAUGCAUCGCUGCCUGCAGGAAAACAGCUGAUACUGCAAGACAACUCUUUAAUCUGGGCACAGAAUUCACAUCAUGUGCCCGUGUCAGUUUGCAGUGAAAAGUGUCCUCCAGGAACACGGAAGGUUCUCCAGAAAGGAAAGCCUGUCUGCUGCUAUGACUGUGUACAGUGUGCUGAAGGCGAAAUCAGCAACAGUAUAGAUUCUUUCACCUGUGUGAGAUGUCACCCUGAGUUCUGGUCAAAUGAGAGAAGAGAUGCCUGCAUAAAGAAGGAGGCUGUGUUUCUAUCAUAUGAAGAGAUUAUGGGCGCCCUGCUCACUGCAGCAUCUUUAUUUGGAACGUGCAUGACUGCUGCUGUGGCUUUCAUUUUCUUCAGAUACAGAAAAACUCCCAUAGUCAGGGCCAACAACUCUGAGCUGAGCUUCCUGCUGCUCUUCUCUUUGACUCUGUGCUUCCUGUGCUCUCUGACCUUCAUCGGCCGGCCCUCCGAGUGGUCCUGCAUGCUGAGACACACGGCGUUUGGCAUCACCUUCGUCCUCUGUAUCUCCUGUGUGCUGGGGAAGACUAUGGUGGUGUUGAUGGCCUUCAGGUCCACACUCCCAGGCAGUAAUGUGAUGAAAUGGUUUGGGCCUGCACAGCAGAGACUCAGCGUCCUGGGUUUCACUCUGAUACAAGUGAUCAUAUGUGUCCUCUGGUUAACAAUUUCUCCUCCUUUCCCUUUUAAGAAUUUUACGAAGCUCAAAGACAAAAUAAUCUUGGAGUGUGCUCUGGGCUCACCUGUAGGUUUCUGGGCUGUUCUCGGCUACAUUGGACUUUUGGCCAUUUUGUGCUUCAUCUUUGCUUUCCUGGCUCGGAAACUGCCUGAUAAUUUCAAUGAAGCCAAAUUCAUCACCUUCAGCAUGCUGAUAUUCUGUGCAGUGUGGAUCACCUUCAUCCCGGCUUAUGUCAGCUCUCCUGGGAAGUUCAGUGUUGCUGUGGAGAUUUUUGCUAUUCUGGCUUCCAGUUUUGGACUGCUGAUUUGUAUUUUUGUCCCAAAAUGUUAUGUAAUCUUACUGAAACCAGAGAAGAACACAAAAAAGAAUAUAAUGGGGAAGGGGGCACAAACAUCACUUUAA